AUGGGUCUAGGAAAGUGUUUGGUCAAGAAAUUCUUCGGUAAAACUGAUAAUUGCUUCCUGGAUGAAUGUGAAUUAGAAGAGCUUAUCAACCGAUUACUGGUGAUUAAAGGCCUUUUAUUGGGCGGGUAUACCGAUGCCGAAAGGAAUAUGGAGCUACAAGGAAGGCUACGGUCCAUUGGGUACAUGGGCGAGGAGGUAAAUUAUUUUUUAUAAACGUAUUUGGAUAGUAGGGUAAAGUCGGGUUGUGUAAGGUAGAAUAAGGUAAAGUAGAGCAUUGUGGAGUAGGGAAGGGUAGGGUAGAAAAAUUAUUUUUCAAAAAAUUUUUCUUGAAAAAGUUGAGCUUGGUCCCUCCUGUUGGCCCAAAGUUUCAAAAUUUUUUUUUAAAUUUUAAAUUUUUUUUGCUAUAAGCUAAAAUGACUUUUUCAAUGCAACUCCCAACAUAAGCUUCAUAUUUACUAUAGUUUCUGUCCAUAUCUAACCGAAACCCAUUUCAGAACAUCCACGACAUGGAGGAAUACCUAGUCGAGCGUAUUGAAGAUCUUUUGAUCAACUUUGACCUUGCCGAUAGACUAUCAUUUUUACACGCCCAGCCUAGAAACUACGUGUUGAAAGUGGCAGAAGAUAUGGGAAUUGACCUUGAGGAUGAGAUAAAGACUCCAGUACGUACUCCUGAUGGCCGACGUUCUGUUGAAGAACGGUGUGCUAGGGGGGAGUUUGACUCGAUAUUCUGA